AGAGUGGCUGGAGGUGGCUUCCCCUCUUUCCAGAGAAGCCGAGUCCUCAGCAGGUCAGCAGCCUGUGGGAGGAGGAGGGCACAUGGUCCUGGCGGCCUCCCCACCCCCGGAUCCCCGGCGGAGGCCUGCCCCUCUGCUGAUGGGGGAAGUCCCCUGACGUCUUGGGAGCGGCCUCUUUCCCGCCUCCUCGGCUCCUCCUCUUAAAGGCGAAUGCGGGCCAGGCGUGGCUAGAGAGAGCCGAGGGGCCUCUUUAACGGCCUCAUCCUCCGUCCUCCUCCCACUUCCUGGCAGCCUGAGGGGCAGAACUGCCAGGCCAGAGCCGCCUCCCGGAGGCUGAGGGAGGCUGAGAGCCGGGAGCGCCGGAGCUGCCGCCUGGACCACCUGCCGCCCCGGCCUGUCAACCUGCGCCCAGGAGCCACUGAGAACACCUCCAGCCGCCGGCCUAGGAGGCAGAGCCCACAGCCCUGACAGCGCAGGAGUUCUGGCGUGGGGGGAAGGGGCGAAAGGAGGAGAAACAAAGGCGGGUGAGCGAGCCAGAGCGCCAGAGAGCGAGCCAGAGAGCGAGACGGCGAGCGAGCGCGCUGCGCGCCGCCCUCCCCGCGCCUGCCCACCAUGUGUCAGUCAGAGGCGCGGCGAGGACCAGAGCUCCGCGCGGCGAAAUGGUUGCAGUUCCCCCAGCUGGCCCUGAGGCAGAGGCUGGGACAGUUGAGCUGCAUGUCCAGACCUGCCCUGAAACUGCGCUCCUGGCCCCUGACAGUCCUCUACUACCUCCUGCCUUUUGGUGCCCUCAGGCCGCUCAGCCGGGUGGGAUGGAGGCCUGUGAGCAGGGUGACCCUGUACAAGUCAGUGCCAACGCGCUUGCUGUCGCGGGCCUGGGGCCGCCUCAACCAGGUGGAGCUGCCACACUGGCUGCGCAGGCCCGUCUACAGCCUGUACAUCUGGACCUUCGGGGUGAACAUGAAGGAGGCCGCUGUGGAGGACCUGCACCACUACCGCAACCUCAGCGAGUUCUUCCGGCGCAAGCUGAAGCCGCAGGCUCGGCCUGUGUGUGGCCUGCACAGUGUGAUCAGCCCGUCGGAUGGGAAGAUCCUCAACUUUGGGCAGGUGAAGAACUGUGAGGUGGAGCAGGUGAAGGGGGUCACCUACUCCCUGGAGUCAUUCCUGGGCCCUCGUAUCUCUGCAGAGGACCUGCCCUUCCCACCAGCCACCCCCUGCAGCUCCUUCAAGAGCCAGCUGGUCACCAGGGAAGGGAACGAGCUGUACCACUGUGUCAUCUACCUGGCCCCUGGGGACUACCACUGCUUCCACUCACCCACUGACUGGACCAUCUCCCAUCGGCGCCACUUCCCAGGCUCACUGAUGUCCGUGAACCCCGGCAUGGCCCGCUGGAUCAAAGAGCUCUUUUGCCACAACGAACGGGUGGUCCUGACGGGGGACUGGAAGCAUGGCUUCUUCUCGCUGACGGCUGUGGGUGCCACCAACGUGGGCUCCAUCCGCAUCUACUUCGACCGGAACCUGCACACGAACAGCCCGUGGUACAGCAAGGGCUCCUACAAUGACUUCAGCUUCGUGACUCACGCCAACAAGGAGGGGGUCCCCAUGCGCAAGGGCGAGCAUCUGGGCGAAUUCAACCUGGGCUCCACCAUCGUGCUUAUCUUCGAGGCCCCCCAGGACUUCAGCUUCAAGCUGAAAGCAGGACAGAAAAUUCGCUUUGGGGAGGCUCUGGGCUCCCUCUAGGACCCUUUCCUGGCUGCAGGUGCUGUUGCCAGGGAAUCUCUUCCAAAAGGAGAGAAACGUGAGGGUAUUUUAGAGGAAACCCUGAGGCUGCCCAGGUGAGGGGCUGUCUCAGGGCUGUGGGGGUUCUGACCAGGCGGGACCUGAGUGGCUUCCACCCCUGCGUCCAGAGAUGCAGAGAGAGGCUCUCGGCCCCACCUGGCAGGGACCAGCACCUUCUGCAAUGACCUAAGCUGUAUCCCCUUCCCACCCACAAAGAAAAAAGUCGAGGCUGGGAUGAUCUCAAGUUUAGUUGUGUGUCUUUUUUAAUCUGCUGUAUAGGCCGGAGCCCCUCAUCUCUCUGGCUGAGUGUUCAGUUGGUCUUGGUGGUAAAUGGUAAGGUGUCUUCUUGCUGCUCCUCCCGUUCCCUGGGCCGUUUUGUCAGCCCCUUUUGCUUUUUGUGCCUUCCCCCUGCACAGGGUGAGGUGCCCCUGGGCACUGACUGUGGACCCACCGUGCCCCAGAACGGGCCCACAUGGCCUUUACGAUCCCUGUUCUCUGUUCCCAAGUUCUCUUCACCCUGCCCUGUUCGUUGGGAAAAGCUACAUCUUUUGUCGUCUUUGCACUUGUGGCGAGAAUCACCAUGGACUCUUGCCAACGUCUUCUGGGAUGGCUUGGCCCUUUGCAGCCCCAAUGAGCACCCUUCUGGAGCUGGCCUCAUCCUCUCUUCAGCAAGCAAGCCAGAACCUACUCGAUGGUGUCUGAUGUGAAUGGAGGCCUAGCCCAGGUAACUCUGGACAGGGAGAGCCGGUCCUUGUGCCACCUCCCAAUGCCCCCAGACCUGCAUGAAAUAGGGGGAAGUUGCUGCUAUUGAUUUCAAGGGGCUUGUGGUGGAAGCAGAGGAGCCCUGGUGUGUGUAUGGGGGAGUGCCUAGAAAAUAAAACCUGUCCCCAGGUUAACAGGUACGCGGUCCUUGGGGUGCAACUGAGGGUAGUGACAGGGCCUUGUGUUUCACGUUGAUCCUGGGGAUGCUGUGAAUUUCUCCUGCAGGAGAAGCCAUUGAACUUUUUCAACUGUAUCAGUAGCACAGUAUUUUUGUAUGAAAAGUGGGAGACUUCUGAACAGUAGAUCAUUUAAUUGCAAACAUUUUGGAAAAAAAAAAAUUAAAAACUCAUUGUAGUUUUGUAUUCUGUUCCUGGAGGGGGCUUGAGGCUUCCACGGCAGCCCAGCACCUGCCUCCUGGUGCGGGGCCAGCUAGCACAGAGCCUGCCGCAGGGCCCGGACACGCGCAAUGCAGGCCUGGAUGGGCUGGCGCUGGGCCUGGAGCUCUGCUGCCAGGUGCUGGAUCUGCGCUUCUACCUGGAGACGGGAUAGGGGUGGGGCAGGCGGCUGCGUGGGAGCAUACCUUGGAGCUACCCCCUGGGACUGGCCUGGGGCCUCACCUGUUCCAGCUCUUUCUGCACCUGCUGCUCCGCUGCCUGGGCCUCGGGCCUGGGCUCCUCCUGGCUCAGCUCCAGCCACCUGCGCAGGCUGCUGGCUUGCCGCUCACAGGACCUGAGGGGUGAGAUGCCUGCUGUCCGCCUUGUUGAGCCUUGGCGGAGCUCUCAAAAGGCCCCUUGGGGCAGGGAAAGGCACACCAGCUGUUGCAGGGGGUGGGUGAAUGGAGGGAUAAAGGACUGGGAGGGCCCCUGGCUUGGGAGGCCAUGUUUGUUCCUGCUCCCUCCACCUUCCCCAGUAGACAGUGCCUCCCAUGGGCCGAGGUGAAAAUACCGUCCAGCCCCUCUUCCCCUGCACAGGGCCAGGGUGAGGGGACAGUCCAAUUCCUUUGAACCUCCCAAGGCCCCCGCCAGGCAUCAGACACAGGAAACAUGAGCUCUGUAUGCAUGACUGGUUUCCUGCUCCUGGGCUGCAGGUAAAGCAGGACGGACCCCCUCAGUGCCCUUUAUCAUGUCAUGUUUAGAAUCACACAUUCACUGAGUGUGUGCCUGCCUUGCUUUCCUACAUCCAGAUUAGGUUUUUAUGGUCUUGCUCAACUUUAUCAUUUCCCAGUGAAAGCUGCUACUGUGCCCAAUAGCUAAGCAGACUCACGCCCUUCCAAAUCAUACCCAAGAAGGGUAAAAUUAACCACCUGUUUGUGGUUCAGGCCCCCUCUUGGGCCACAGAGGAGAGGAGAGGCUUUUUGGAAGGAUCCACCUUGGGCACUCACCUGUCCCCAACAGUGUGGGUUCAUCACCCCCAGGGCCCUGGUGGCUGGCACAGUGGAGAAGUCCGACUCCCUGCCUGGCCAUGCCAGGGCCUCUCCCCACGGACACUGGCAAAGGGCGUUUCCCGGAUCUCACCGGAGGUUCUGCUUGUUGGUCUGGUAGUGCUGGAAUUGCUGGCGGAUCCCCUCAAGCUCAGCCUCGAGUUCUGUGCGUCCUAUGGCCACAGGAGGAGAGUGAGCUUGAUCUUGACAAUCUCCCCUUCCCCCUGGGGCCGGUGAACAGAGGGUCUGAGGUGCAGCCUCUUCCCUCCCCACCGUGGCCUGCGCUCACUGCCUGCCAGGUCCAAGGCGCUUACCUGUGCUUUCAGAGCCACGCCCGGGACGGGCCCUAGUGCCUGUGAAGUCCCUUGGGAGCAGCAGGUGAGGGUCGGGGGCACUGGCCAGGGAUGGGGGGCCUUGAGGCUGCAGCCCAGGGACAGCUGGCUUUGUAGAUAUCUACAAAGAGGGGAAGGACACUGAGCCGCUUUGUAUAUAUUAUGUCCCCCAGACAAAGCCAUGUUCUUUGAUGCAGUCUUGUGGGAGCAGGCGUAUUAGUGCUGAUUAGGUUGGAACCUUUGGAGUAGGUUGUUUCCAUGGAGAUGUAACCCACC